ACGACAGUCGCUCGUAGAUCGGACCUUCCUCUCUCUCUCGCUCGCGCCUUCCACUGCUUGCCCACAAUGGUUUACAUCGCGUCCUGGGACGAGUUCGUGGAGAGAUCGGUGCAACUUUUCCGCGCGGAUCCCCACUCGAAGUCGCGGUACGCCAUGAAGUACAGGCAUUGCGACGGGAAGCUGAUCCUCAACGUCACCGACAAUCGCGAGUGCCUGAAAUUUAGAACAGACCAGGCCCAGAAUGCCAGAAAAAUGGAGAAGCUCAAUAAUAUAUUCUUCACUCUGAUGGUUAGUGGUCCUGAUGCUGACAUAUCAGAAGCAUCAGGCAAGGAACAGGCUGAGCAACCAGCAUCCAAGAAAGGAAGGGGAAGGAAGGCAGUAAAUCUUUGGUUACCAAUUUUCAUCUUAGUUUUCAUGCCAUGGCUGUGUAGUUGGAGGCAAAAUUUCAUUAAAUUUCUAUCAAAAUGAAGACAACAUGUAGUUUUCUAGUGGCAAAUAUAUUACUUGAAUAGUUUCCAUAGUUCAAACUUUCUAUUUUGAAGACCGUUUUCAUGGGGGGGG